AUGUUAAUUCUGUUAUUGGAAGAUGAAGUAUUGCUGAUACAGCAAAGUUCGAGGUCAGGACAGAAAAGAAAAAUUGCUCUUCUGAUAUCGGGACGCAUGGCUUCAGAGAAGAAAUUGGUGUCACUCAUACUAAUUGUGAUGUUACGAGAAGCCAUUUGCUGCCAAGAAUUAGAUGAAUAUAAUCAUAGAAAUGCCUGUCCUCCUUAUUCAAGACACGACAGCGCAUGUACGAUCGCAAGUUUCUUACAAGCAUAUAGAAACUGCGUGAACAGUUGUUGUAAGUACUAUGUGUCUACAUAUGCCAGACUUUGCAGUAGUAUACAAUAUAAAAAUAUUUAUUUAGAAUUAAGUUUUAUCUAGUUAAUUAAGGAGGUUCUUCAUAUACAGGAAUGACGUUAAGCAAGCGACGCAAGCCUAUAAGCUCGCACUCGUUGUGGGUAGGUCUAGCAAAAACCGAUUUUCCAAGAUCCAUACAUUUCCGAAGUCAUAUCUCUGGUGCAAUACAUGCUAUUUGCACUAAUUAAAAAUACCACAGUUUCAUUCAGCGUUUGAAGACCUUUCUACAAAGCCAAUUUCGUUCGUUUACAAUGAAAUGCAAGCGAUUUAAUUCCCUUCUAAAACUCAAGUAUAUGUACAAGAAAGAAAACUUAAUCAUAUAUUCGAUUGUUUAAAGUGUAAUAUAUUAUUUUAUAUUCAAUAUAUUUUCACCAUAUUCGUUAUGUAACAUCUUUGUGUCGGUUCGUCUCGUGCUUGGCGACAUAUAGGCGCCCGAGUCCGUCCGAACUUUCCGGCCGAAAUCUCCGUGGUGCAUGUAUACUAUAUCGGAUUUUAAGCCCCUGUAAGAGAUUUCGGAUGUCGUAUUCUAAGCCUUAUGUGCCAUUUUUUAAAGAAUGUGUGUCAACCGGCAUACACUGCGCGCUUUUUGUUUAUAUUAUUGUUCACGCUUGUUAUCAAAUUUAAAAAUGUCCUGCUGGCCUAUUUCACAUUCCCUUUUACCUGCCUGCACUCUCCUCCGCAUAGUCAAUUAUAUAGGAUUGUAGAGAUGAUGUAGGGAUAGUAGAGGACAUUUAGUGGUGCGCGACAGGGGGUGAGACCGAUGACGUUCUGACUAACAAUUACGUAAUUUGUUUCCCAAGUAAUAUUACGUAAUUUUACUAAACUGAUUCGCAAGGCUCUGCGGAGGAGAGUGACCUGCCUGUGUAUACAGACUGCACUAUGUAAAUUGUAUUACAGCAUAAUAGCCUGUACACAGGUUCUCUAAAUAAGACGCCGGAGCUUGUCGUGUGAAAACUUGUCAUAAAAAACUUGCUCGUCUGUAACCGGUUUAAACAUCAUUUUUCAUUUCAUUUUCCACCACAGCGGCAAUUGAAACAUAUUUCUUCUACACCCCAAUUUGUGGUUCAGCGCAAGAAGCAUUCAUUGAAUCGACCAAUAACUGGUAUUGGCUGGUAACCACAGGCUGUGUUUCUGCGCUGGUUUGUGGAAUAAUGAUAGCUUGGUAUUUCAAACCAGCAGCAAAGUCACCUGCUCAGUCACACGACGAAAACCUUGUGGAAAUCAGAAUGCCGAUUCAGGAAGAAUAUCAAGACCGACAAACUGUUAUCGAAAAGAAA